CGCGGCCCGGCCCGGCCUUCCCCCGGCGAUUGGCUCCCCCCCCGCCCCGGCCCCGCGGCUAUUUCUCGGCUCCCGGCCGCGGAGGUGGCAGAAGGCGGCGGGGAGCGCGUGUGUGCCCCGCUGCUGUGCCCGGGGCUGUGAGGAGGAGGACGUCCGCACCCCUCACCCGCCCCGGCCAUGGGGGGCCCGGCCCGCAUCGCCUGGCUUUUGCCCCUUUUUUUGGCUGGGCUCGUCCAGCCGGGGCAGGGCCAGGAGAGGGAGAAGGUGAAAUGCUACGGCUCAGUGCAGGGCACCAUUUACGACUAUGGAGCCCUGACCAUCGACGGGGACGAGUACAUCCCCUUUAGGAAUUACGCAGGGAAGAUGGUUCUCUUCGUCAAUGUGGCCACGUACUGAGGCCUGACCCUGCAGUACCUUGAACUGAAUGCACUACAAAAUGAGCUGGGGCCCUAUGGGCUUGUUGUCCUGGGCUUCCCCUCCAACCAAUUUGGGAAGCAGGAACCCGGCCAGAACUCGGAGAUCCUCCCUGCGCUGAAGUACGUCCGGCCAGGAGGCGGCUUCGUCCCCAACUUCCAGCUCUUCCAGAAAGGGGACGUGAAUGGGGCCAAGGAGCAGAAGGUCUACACCUUCCUGAAGAAUGCCUGUCCCCCGGUGGCGGAGGAGUUUGGGAACCCCAAGAACCUCUUCUGGGAGCCUCUGCGGAACCACGACAUCAAGUGGAACUUUGAGAAGUUCCUGGUGGGCCCCGACGGCGUGCCCGUCAUGCGCUGGUACCACCGCGCCAACAUCGCCGUCGUCAAGAACGACAUCGUCGCCUACAUACGGCAGCAGCGGCAGCAGCAGCGGCGGCAGCCAGAGAGCUGGUAGAGGCUGGCACUGCCGGCCUGAGGGAUGGCUUUCCUGCUGCCAACACCCACCCUGCUGCUGCGGGCUGCUCCCCGUCUCCUCCCCUCCCCUCUCAGGACACUCCCUGGGAGGGGGACUCAACUCCCUGGGAGCCUGCCCCCCCAUCACUCCGGUCUCUGGCACCCCUCAGCCCUGAUACUGGGCUGGGCAAUGCUGUGGCAGAGACCCCUCAGUGAUGGAGGGGGGAUGUUUCUGCAGAACCCAGUGUCCCACCACCACUCCCAGUGAUGGCAACUCCUCCUGGCCCCCAGCUUGCCCCCCUGCUUUGCCGGGCAGUGGAAGGGUAGAGGGGCUGGCUGCCCCUGGAGCAGAAGACCACGUCUUCAUGAAGACUCGGCCCGAAAGCCCCUGGCCUGGGGCGGGCCAGGCCUGAUCCCGCUGGGCACAGAGCAGUUCUUCAGUGCAUUCAAGCUGCCUGUGGUCCUGGCGUAGAGACGCAAUCCUCUCCCACCCAGUGGGGAGACGGCCCCUCACCCCCCACCAUAGAAAUGCCAAAUAAAGGCUCUGCAAACA